AUGUCUCGUGGUCGAAAGGCAUCUAAUUCAGUUUUGCCGUCAUCGAAUACGACGGAGGAUAUUGUAGCAGGCCAGCGUCGUUCGAAGAGGACCAUCUCUGCGAAAGCUGAUUAUGCCGUCGAUUUACCUUCUCCGCCGGAUUCUGAAAUUAUUGACGGCAAAGAUGCAUUAAGAGCGUCUCCUACGGCUACAGAAGACGAAGCAUUAUCGUCUGCAUUCGUUAAUACCGUGGACGAUGAUGAACCGGUUAUCAAGAAAAGAAAACCCACUGGAAAAAAGAAGAAGACAGAUGAAGUAAAAGAAGAGACGUUACAAACCGCGAAGAAAUCGCCGGGUAGGAAGAGAAAAGCCGUUGAGGCUUUAUCAGAUGAUGGUGCAUUUGAGCCAGAGGAUGUAGGGAGUGACGAGGCGCCCGUCAAUCGUCCACCUCCCGUCAAUCGUCCACCUCCCGUCAACGAUGAAUAUCGCCCGAUUCCUUUCAAAGGUCGUUUGGGCUUUGCCUGCUUGAACACCUACCUCCGUUCAGCCAACCCUCCGAUUUUCUGCUCCCGUACCUGUCGUCUCGAUACAAUCCACAAACAUGAUACCGAAUCCGGUCCCGGUGGCGGCCUAGCCUACGUAAAGUCUCUCGGCUUCCAAAACGCCACCGACCUCGGUCACUUGAUCCGUUGGAACCAAAAAUAUAAUAUCAAAUUCCUACGUAUCUCAUCCGAAAUGUUCCCCUUCGCGAGUCACUCCAAAUACGGCUAUGAUUUGGCACAUGCCGCGGAACCUUUGAAAGAAGCUGGGAGAUUGGCGAUGGAGUAUGGUCAUCGGUUGACUAUGCAUCCGGGACAAUAUACGCAACUAGCCAGUCCAAAACAGGAAGUUGUGGAUAAUGCGAUUAGGGAUUUGGAGUAUCAUUGCGAGUUAUUAGAUCGUUUACAGUUGGUUGGACAAGCUGAUAAAGAUGCUGUGAUGAUUAUUCACAUGGGUGGAACGUUUGGAGAUAAACCUGCGACUUUGGACCGGUUUAGAACGGUAUAUACCACUCGUUUGUCGGAAGGGAUUAAGAGGCGUUUGGUGCUGGAGAAUGAUGACGUUUGCUGGAGUGUUGAGGAUUUAAUCGAUAUAUGCGAGGAGUUAGGGGUUCCAAUGGUGCUGGAUUGGCAUCAUAAUAAUAUCGUUCAUGGGAAGUUGAGGGAAGGAACAUAUGAUGUGAAAGAGGUUUAUGGAGAAAGGAUUAAAAAUACCUGGGUUGAGAAGGGUAUUAAACAAAAACAGCACUAUAGCGAGCCCAGAGUAGGAAGCGUCACCGACAGGGACAGAAGGAGGCAUUCACCGAGAGUUUGGGAUUUACCACCGUGUGAGGAUGAUAUGGACUUAAUGAUCGAGGCGAAGGAUAAAGAACAGGCGGUUUUUGAAGUUAUGAGGAAGUUCAAGUUGGAUGGGUGGGAAAAGGUAAAUGAUGUUAUACCAUACGAGAGAACGGAUGGUAUGGCGGAAGACGGUAAUAUUGAGCUAAAUGAAUUGGCUAUGGGAGGGGCGGAAGGAAAGGUUUAUUGGCCUGAAGGUUUGGAAGAAUAUCUAAAGCCGAAGAAGAAAAUCAGGGCGAAGAAGAGUGAAGUCGAAAAUAGCGUUGAGAAACCGGCCCCUAAGAAGAGAGGAAAGAAAGCUGUCAAGAUAGAAGAGAUAGAAGAAGAAGCGCUACCAAAACCUUCGAGGAAGGUCUCAUCGAAGAAAGCAGCAGCUAUAAUCGAAAUGGAUGUUAAAAAGGAGGAGGAGUCUCUUGCUAAUGGCUUGGGAUUAGAAUCUACAGCCAAUGGCGAGAAAGAGACGUCCAAAUCGAUACGCGCGAAGCGGGCAAAAAAGGUGAUAGGGUCAAUAGCUUCCGAAACCAAGGUGGUAGCCGAAACGAUAGCCAAGCGGAGGUCCAGUAGGAUCAAAUGA